GAACAGGAAAAGGAAGUUUCACUCAUUAGUCCCUGCAUUUAAAUUAAAAAAGAAGUCUUAUAUUCUGUUUUGUCCGAGUGGAGACAUGAAUCUUCUGUGUCUAUUAUUUCCCAUGUGGGCAUGUUCCUUCACUUUGUUUUCGCUUGUAAUUCUUGCCCGACCCGAGUUAACUGUUUCCUCCAUCCCGGCUUCUGUUCUUCGUUCUGAACAAGAACCCAUUUCCCAGUUUUCUUCCCAAAUGGAAGCUGUUUCUCCAGCAGGAGUGGCUGUGGUUAGAGUAGUGCACCACCAGGAUUUGAACAAGAGAAUUCUUAUAGCUCUAAUCGUCGCCUCCACUCUCCUUUGUGGAUUGUUGCUUUUUUUGUUAUGUUUCUGGAUAUGUAGACUGAAAAUCUUGAAGAAUUCCAAUGGGAAAAGAAAACAGAACCAAGAACCUACAAAAGCACUUUCAUUGAGUCCAAUUGUUGAUCGUUUUAAUUCCUUAUGGAUGGCUGGGAAAAAGGGUUCAGUAGCUGUUAUUGAGUAUCGGUUAUUGGAAACUGCGACAAAUGGUUUUCAGGAAAGCAAUGUUUUGGGUGAAGGCGGUUGUGGUCGUGUUUAUAAAGCUUCCUUCGAUGAGAAAUUUCUUGCAGCUGUGAAAAAAUUAGUUGACGUUGGGGUCGAUGCUGAAAGGGAAUUUGAGAAUGAGGUGGACUGGCUAGUCAAAAUCCGGCAUCAAAAUAUUGUUUCACUUUUGGGUUACUGUAUCCAUGGUGAAACAAGGUUACUUGUAUAUGAAAUGAUGCAAAAUGGUUCUUUGGAGAGUCAAUUACAUGGACCUUCUCAAGGAUCAGCUUUAAGCUGGCAUUUACGAAUGAAAAUCGCAAUUGAUGUUGCUAGAGCAUUAGAAUAUCUUCACGAGAACUGCAAUCCACCAGUUGUCCAUAGAGAUAUAAAGUCAUCUAACAUCCUUCUCGAUUCCAACUUCAAUGCUAAGCUGUCAGACUUUGGCCUUGCCGUGACUACCGAAUCGCAAAACAAAAAUGUAGAGUUGUCGGGAACAUUGGGAUAUGUAGCUCCAGAGUACCUCUUAGAGGGCAAACUGACUGAUAAAAGCGAUGUAUAUGCUUUUGGAGUUGUCCUUCUGGAGCUGCUAAUCGGAAAGAAACCACUGGAGAAAAUGUCACCAACUCGGUGCCAAUCUCGUCUCAUGGGUCAUGCCCCAGCUUACGGACAGAUUGAAACUUCCGAAUAUAGUCGAUCCGGUAAUUAAAGACACGAUGGAUUUGAAGCACCUAUAUCAGGUUGCUGCUAUUGCUGUGCUUUGCAUACAAACCGAACCAAGUUAUAGGCCACUCAUAACUGAUGUCCUGCAUUCUCUCAUCCCUCUAGUACCGGUGGAACUCGGAGGUUCGUUAAGAGUUACAUAGACGGUCUGUCCCUCCUCUCUUUCUUCGGUUUCGUGGCGGUUAUACUAAUUCGGAAGUUGUGAUCGUAAUGUCUUGAAUUUCGAUUUUGCAUCCUGCUCGUCUUGGCUAAAAGAUUGCUUCGGUAGCUUUCCCUCAUUCUUUUCUAAAUGAACGUUUCCUUCGAGGAUCUGAUGCAAUUUCACUCUGCCGUGAAAUACACACUUUUGGUUUUCUGGUAAUACGAUGUAAAGUAAGGUAGAAUUU